ACAGUAUGUUUACAGAUGGCGCAAUGAAGCCUUUAAGGGAAAGAACAACAGCCUGCCAGCAGUCAAGCACGGUGGACGAUCCAUAAUUUCGUGGGGCUGCUUCGCCGCAUCUGGUACUGGAGACCUUGACCAUAUCACAGACACGACGACCUUUGACAGCAGGCUUGUUUGCGGUGCAUGCUGGGUCGUCGCUCACCAGCAGGAGAGUUUGAGCAGGAGACAAUUGACUCUGAGGGAUAAAAAGAACUAUUUCAAGCUAUAUCGUGGUCCUGCUGCAGAACCCAAGUGUGCUUCAGUUUGAGGUCUUGAACUGAAGGCCGAAUAGUCAUCUCCAAGAUUUUCUGGUGAAGAGCAGAAUUUAUGGUUUCAUCGAUCGCAGCAAGUCGUCCAGGUCCCGAAGGUGCGAAGCAGCCCCAGACCAUCACAUUGUCACCAACAUCUUUUGGCUGAGCCGACGGGACGUUGUUGCGGUGUGGAGGAUGACCUCUGCGCGCAGCCCGCUGACCACGCUUGUGCUCAACACCAGCGACGGCGUUCCCGCCGCUCGCGUGUCCCUCAGCCUGCAUCGACUCGACUCGGAGCUCAAGCUGUGGAACAUGCUCAACGUCGGGACGACGGAUGAAGACGGCCGCUGCCCGGGACUCAUCAGCCGGGAAGCGUUCGUCCCGGGAAUGUACAAGUUGCGCUUUGAGACCGGCUCGUACUGGGCCAGCCUGGAACGCCACUCCUUCUAUCCCUACGCCGAGAGCGCGUGUCGAACUCGGAGCGACCUCCUGUCCACGCGCAGCUUUCGGCUUGCUCAGCGACGUCUUGAUUCCAGUGAGCCCAAAGAUGGGAAAGGAGAAAGCGGAGGAGGUCGAGGAGGACGGGCAGGAGGCGGGAAGAGAGGAGGAGGAGAAAAAAAGGACUGGUGGAGUCGAAUGCAGAAGGGCGACUUCCCAUGGGACGAGAAGGACUUCCGCUACCUGGCCGUCACGGUGGCCGGCGCCGCCUCCGCGCUGCUCUACGUGUACUUCCGCGACAACGGCCGGGAGAUCAGCUGGAAGGACUUUGUGCACCGCUACCUGGGCCGCGGCAUCGUGGAUCGUCUGGAGGUGGUCAACAAGCAGUACGUGCGUGUCAUCCUGGUGCCUGGCGGAGACACCAAAGGGAGCUACGUGUGGUUCAACAUCGGCAGUGUGGACACGUUCGAGAGGAACCUGGAGACGGCCCACUUGGAGCUCGGCAUGGAGGCGUCACGCCGGCCCGCGGUGGUCUACAGCUCCGAGAGCGACGGGUCUUUCCUGAUGAGCAUGAUUCCCACGCUGCUCCUCAUCGGCUUCCUGCUCUUCACCCUGCGCCGCGGACCCAUGGGGGCCGGUCCCGGGGGCGGCAGGGGCGGGCCCUUCAGCAUGAGCGAGUCCACCGCCAAGAUGAUGAAGGACAACAUCGAAGUCAAGUUCAAGGACGUGGCGGGCUGUGAGGAGGCCAAGCUGGAGAUCCUGGAGUUUGUCAACUUCCUGAAGAACCCGCAGCAGUACCAGAACCUCGGAGCCAAGAUCCCCAAGGGUGCUGUGCUGUCCGGGCCUCCCGGUACCGGGAAGACUCUUUUAGCCAAAGCCACGGCCGGUGAGGCCAACGUUCCCUUCAUCACCGUCAACGGCUCGGAAUUCUUGGAGAUGUUCGUGGGCGUCGGUCCCGCCAGGGUGAGGGACAUGUUCGCCAUGGCGAGGAAGAACGCGCCGUGCAUCCUCUUCAUCGACGAGAUCGACGCCGUGGGGCGCAAGCGAGGCGGCGGAAACUUCGGAGGUCAGAGCGAGCAGGAGAACACGCUCAACCAGCUCCUCGUCGAGAUGGACGGCUUCAACACGGCCACCAACGUGGUGGUCCUGGCCGGAACCAACAGAGCCGACAUCCUGGACCCGGCGCUCAUGAGGCCCGGACGCUUCGACAGGCAGAUCUACAUCGGUCCUCCCGACAUCAAGGGGCGGGCGUCCAUCUUUAAAGUGCACCUGCGCCCCAUCAAGUUAGACCCCAGCAUCGACAAGGACACGCUCGCCCGGAAGAUGGCCGCAGCCACGCCCGGAUUCACUGGAGCCGACAUCGCCAACGUUUGCAACGAGGCGGCGCUGAUCGCGGCGAGACACCUGGGCCAGCACGUCGAGCGCACGCACUUCGAGCAGGCCAUCGACAGGGUCAUCGGAGGUCUGGAGAAGAAGACGCAGGUGCUUCAACCCGACGAGAAGAAGACCGUGGCGUACCACGAGGCGGGCCACGCCGUCGUCGGCUGGUUUCUGGAGCACGCCGACCCGCUGCUCAAGGUGUCGAUCAUCCCCCGCGGGAAGGGCCUGGGCUACGCGCAGUACCUCCCUCGCGAGCAGUACCUGUACAGCCGCGAGCAGCUCUUCGACAGGAUGUGUAUGAUGCUGGGCGGCCGCGUGGCCGAACAAGUCUUCUUCGGCCGCGUCACCACCGGAGCGCAGGACGACCUCAAGAAGGUCACGCAGUCCGCCUAUGCGCAGGUGGUUCAGUUCGGGAUGAGCGACAAGGUGGGCCAGGUGUCGUUCGAGCUGCCGCGGCAGGGCGAGAUGCUUCUGGAGAAGCCGUACAGCGAGGCCACGGCCGAGCUGAUCGACGACGAGGUCCGGGCCCUGGUGGAGCGGGCGUACGCGCACACGCUCCAGUUGGUCCGCGACAAGAAGGACCUGGUGGAGCUGGUGGGCAAGCAUCUGCUGGAGAAGGAAGUCUUGGACAAGGCGGACAUGUUGGAGCUGCUGGGCCCGCGGCCCUUCCGGGAGAAGACCACGUACGAGGACUUCGUGGAGGGCACGGGAAGCUUCGAGGAGGACACCAGCCUCCCCGACGGCCUGCGAGACUGGAACGGCCGGCGCGGGCCCGACGACGCUCGCGACGACGCUCGCGACGAACAGCGGGCCGGCUAGACUCUGCGCCCUGAUUGGGCCGAAUCGACCCCGCCUCUGAAUGUGAGCCCCGCCUGUCGCCGUCAUUGUCGUGGAGCGUUUUUGUAUUUAUUCACCGUCCUCGCGCACCAAGCGCUCUCUGACGGUACGUGACAUCAGCGUGAACUCUUAAGGCAAAGAAUUUUAAUGCGAAAGGAGACGUAUUAUGCCCCCCCCCCCCCCCCCUUGUUUUGCUUAAUGGCAGUAUAUCCCCACUUUUUCAAGGAUGUUUUAGGUUACCAUUAAAAUAAUUGCAAUUAUCAAAUCCAAUUGUAAUGGCCAUGAAUUUUGCAGUCGGGGUCCAUCGUAUUUCUUGCCACAGGGAAACGGCUCGUUUUAGGGGCGGUUCCGUGUCGUCCAGGCCGGAUUUCGUUCGAUGGGCGACCGGUGGGCGGAAUCGUUUGAGGCCGAGUAAACGCUCAUCUGUGCUAACGAUGCAGCUCUGCUUACCUUUUGACUUUGACACAAUCGUGUUUCACCCAAAGUGGUUCUUUAGUUCUGGAACUUGGUCAUGUCCGCAUCAUCAUGUCAUUGGCUGAGACACUCAGGUGGGUGUGGUUCAUAUGUAAAUUGACCUCAGUGUGAUGUCACAAUUGGGCAAUGUUGAGAAGGGACAUUUUUCGGAAAUCAUCACAUAACAAAGAUUGACUUCACCCUUGACAGGUGGGCAGGCACUCCAUAUGCAUAUUCCCCUCCCUCCCCCCAUAAUCUGUCUCUAAUUUCAGAAAAAUAGCUUUUUAAAAAAAAAAAUAUAAAUUCCAAUAUCACCGCAUGUGACUUAGCGCUCCGGGCCCCGCCUGAUGUGACGUGAACGUUUUGAAAGUUAACUUAUUUUGAGAAUGACAAAAUAAAGUUGACAUGAAGGCGAAAAUUUAAAAUUCAUGCUUAUUUAUUUAUUUAUUCAGAGUUGUCAUUUUGGAUUCUGAAUUCCUGAAUAAAACAUCAGUGGUCUAAACUAAACAUUUUUACACUGACCAGAA